AUGCCUGCUAACCUGCUGCUGGCGCCAAUGGGCAUGUGGCUACCAACUCAACGACAGAGACCGACUGGUUGCACAAUUCAUUUCUGUCGGGCUGCCGUUAUUUUUGUUGUCGUUGUCGCCAUCGUCAUUGUGAUCGUGGUCGUGGUUGGGAGUCGGGACCCUCGCCACAUUGCGGAGCGGAAGUGGCGUCACGUGGGGCCUGCCCAGCCAACAUUUGAACACUGUCUAUACUCUGUGAACCUCAAUCAAUGCCAACAACCCAAAGCUUCCUGGCCUCCCCGCACGCCUUCUGUGCCCUCAAGCUGUCUGAUACCCCUGAAGAGUUCUCUCCCCUUCUCCCUCCUUCCACCUGCCCAAAGCUUCACAGAAGCCAUGGGAAUGGCUUGGAGACGGCGCGUUGCUUUGCAUGCACCACCUUUAGUUCAAUUCACAAAAACUGCCCCAGUGCAAUGGCAAUCCAAAUCCUCGUUGUUGCUUCUUGCGAGGCGCUGCUUUGCCCAACCCGCUGCUGUGCCUCCCACAUGGAGGCCGUCUUCGGCCCUGGAUGACUGGGUGCAACGUGAAGCAAGACCCAUCAGCCUGCGCCAAUUGACUUUUUUCGGCCGCACCUUGACCGAGUCGCGUCUGUUGGACUCUGCCAACUACUGCAGGCUCGAGUUGCCCACCAGACUUGCACAUCGCCUUCGUGACAUUCAGACGCUGCCCUAUGUCGUCGUGGCCAAUCCCCAUCUUGCCCAUGUCUACGAGUCCUAUCUGCGAGCUUUCGAGCGCUUCCGUCGCGUGCCUGAGAUUCGAUCUUUGGAGGAGAACGAGAGGUACUGCAAGGUGCUCGAAGAAACCUUGACCGAGCAUGCCACCGUCAUCCCCCGCUUGGCCAUCGGCGUGCUCGAGGUAAAGGGUCUCAUGAAAGCAGAGGAGACGGACAAGUUCAUGACGACGAUGCUGCGAUCGCGUAUCUCACGCAGGGUCAUUGCUGAACAACAUCUUGCCCUCACCGAAACCUUCCACUCGCCUUGGCACUUUCCCCAGGCUUCACAUCCGCCACACGACCAAGAGGCCGUCGGCGAGAUCUUUCUUAAGUGUAAUGCUAGGGAAAUCGUCCAAGACUGCGGGAACACCAUGCAAGAGCUCAUCAAACGUGCCUAUGGUCCGCACGUCCAUCUACCUGAAAUCAAGGUGUACGGUCAUGUCGACGCCACAUUUCCUUACAUUCUGAGCCACCUCGAGUACAUCAUUGGAGAGCUCUUGCGAAACUCGAUACAGGCCGUCGUCGAGCACCGCAAGUCCAAGGACGCAGACCUGCCGCCCAUCGAGGUGCUGAUCUGUGAGACUUCCCAGCAUGUCAUCAUCAGAAUCUCCGACCAGGGCGGAGGAAUCCCCAAUGAGGUUCUGCCGUAUCUGUGGAGUUUCAGCAAAGGCCCACGUCGAGAGAAGAGGCUAGAGAAUCUGGCCAGGGUUCCAAAGCUCCUAGGGACGUUGCAAGAGUUACAGGUGCCCGGUAUUGAGUCAGCAGCGGAAUUGCAGCAUAGAGUGGACAAGAGGUCAAAGUAUGGCAAUCCUGCCACCCAUCGUGGUUCGGGAUCGCUUUCUUCUUUGACGGGAAGGGCCCCGGACAAUCGCCUUGGCAUUGGUUUGCCAAUGUCGCGUUUGUACGCAGAAUACUGGGCCGGUAGCCUGGAGGUUCAUAGCUUAGAGGGCUACGGCGUCGAUGCCUUUCUGCAAAUCUCGAAGCUUGGUAAUAAGAAUGAGCGACUCAGCACGCGCGCCUCCAUGGAUGCGAUAUAG